GUGUUUUCUCAGUGCUGUCGUUCGUGCCCUCGGCGGGCCGCGCUGCGGGCUCCCCACUAACUGUGUGCGUUUCCUCCAGAUCCCGACACAGCCGCCGUCCCUCGCUCGGGAGAGCAGGCAUGGGCAGAAGACCGUGGGCAAGAAUCCCCCUUUCCCAGCGGGUUUCCUCAGCAGCUUGGAGUGUGAUUAGCAAGCCAAGGCUGUUGGAUUUAUUUAAACACCCUGCCUCUCAUUGAUUAAGAAAUGAAUGGCAGAAAUCACUCAAAGGAGCAGCUCCAGUUUAGCGGAUUGAUUUACUCGCAGUAUUGGUAAAUAUGAUCACGUGGGCUCCGCAACCAAUGGUUGAGGGUUGCAGUCUGCAAAAUACUACGAUUGUUCUCCGGGAGGGUAUCAUAUACAGUUAACAGUGUAACCUUUUAUAUGACUAAGAGGGGAGCCUAAAAUGUCGUCUAGUGGCACGAUAAGUAACUAUUAUGUCGAUUCUCUCAUAGGCCAUGAAAGCGAAGAAGUUUACGGGAGUAGAUUCGUCCAGGGAGGUCACAGUGCGACCUCCAGGCCAUCAGGUGUUGCAGAGAGUUCAGAUUUUUCCUCCUGUAGCUUUGCACCAAAAUCCACCGUGUUCUCCACCUCCUGGUCCACGGUUCACCCUCAGCCGUCUGCGGCAAUGACCGGGAUCUACCAUCCCUACAUGCACCAGCCCCACUUAGGGGCAGCCGACGCCGGCCGCUACGUGCGCUCCUGGAUUGAGCCCUUCCCGGGCUUCCCGGGCGGCGGCGGCAGCGGAGGCGGCAGCGGCGGCUCCGCGUCCAGCUCCGGCUCCUCCAACGGGCGCCACUACGGAAUAAAGCCGGAGACGGGAGCAGCCGCCUCCUCGUCUUCUUCCUCCUCCUCCUCUUCCUCCAAAAGGACUGAGUGCUCCUCGUCCCGGGAGUCCCAGGGGAUCGGUGUGCCCGAAUACACGUGCAGCUCCUUCCUCCAGGAGCCCCGGGAGAAGGCUGCUGCCGGCAGCUCCAAGGACCCCUCCGCCUGCAGCCACAACCCCAGCCCGAGCAGCGAUUUGAAGGAGGAGAAACAGCAGCAACUUGACCCAAAUAACCCUGCAGCAAACUGGAUCCAUGCUCGUUCAACGAGGAAAAAGCGUUGUCCCUACACAAAGUAUCAAACUCUGGAACUGGAAAAGGAAUUUCUCUUUAACAUGUACCUCACCCGAGACCGCCGUUACGAAGUAGCUAGGAUUUUAAAUCUCACAGAGAGACAGGUCAAAAUCUGGUUUCAGAACAGAAGAAUGAAAAUGAAAAAGAUGAACAAGGAGAAAAGCAAUAAAGGAGACUAAAGCUGGUGUAGAAACGCAGUUGGGGAACACUGAUUUAGUUUUCAGUUUUGGGGUUUGGGGUUUUGUUUUGGCUUUUUGGUUGCUGGGGUUCUUUUUGUUCGGUUUUAUCCUUCUUCUGCCCCCUCAGCCCCCCCACAGGUUUCUCCUCCUCCCGCGUUCCCCUACCCCAAGAACUUUAAAUCAAUCUG